AAUCAUAGAGCGGAACGGACGGAGUGGGUGCAAAUCGGAUUAGACGGCCACGUCCCCCCCGAGCCUCACCAAUCGCCGGCCCUCCGCAGGCAGGGAAGGGCGGUUGGGCGGCCGGCCGGCCGGAGAUCUGAUUGCUCUUAUCUUCUCCCCUCCCGUUCAUCCAAUCUGCUGUCACCAUAUCUGAUCUCCCUCUCCCCCUGAUUGCCCGCGGUGGCCAUUGCCUCGCUCGCGUCUCCUUCGCCGCGCUUCUAGGAAGAUUCGGCGGCGUGCCCAUUUGUCGGUCGUAGCCUUAACCAGUUCUUCCCCAACUCCGAGCUCCUUCCUUGCUUGGGAGCAGCUGCACACACAUCCGCCCAGGAUAUUAGUUAGCGUGGAGGAUGGCGUCCAGGGACUUCCUCCGCGUCUUCGGCGCCGGUGAGGGGGCGGGCCCGCCGGGGGACGCCGGCGCCGGCCAGCCCGACGACGACGAGCUCAGCCUCGGCCUCUCCCUGGGCGGCCGCUUCGGCACCGACGCCAAGCGCCCGCGCCUGGCGCGCUCCUCCUCCAUCGCCUCCGUCUGCUCCGUCUCCUCUCUCCACGCCGACCCGUCCCCCGCCGCGCCGCUGCCGCUGCUGCGCACCACCUCGCUGCCCACCGAGACCGAGGAGGAGCGCUGGCGCCGACGCGAGAUGCAGAGCCGCCGCCGCCUCGAGGCGCGCCGGAAGCGCGUCGAGCGACGCAACUCCAUGGGCUCCGUCUCCGUGGCACCCGCCGACGCCGUCAGCGGGAGGAGGUCCAACGCCUCGCAGGGGAGCAACUCUGCAAGCACCACGGAGCAAGGUAUUGGUGGAAGCAUGUUUAACCAAUCCGCAGACGCGAAGAGUCCAUCUACCUCUGAUAAUAGAAAUCAAAACGACAUGCUUCCUCCGACCAAAGCGGCCGAGAAGCCACUAAACGGUACUGCGACAGAGCAGCAGCCUCGCCUACGGACGCUUGGGUCCCUCACGACACGGACGGGCAGCACCAGUGACAUCAGAAAGCUCAUGAUGGAGGACAUGCCAAUGGUCUCAUCCAAGGUAGAAGGGCCCAACGCCAGGAGGAUCGACGGCUUCCUGUACAGGUACAAGAAAGGCGAGGAUGUGAGGAUAGUGUGCGUCUGCCAUGGUAGCUUCCUCACUCCCGCGGAGUUUGUUAAGCACGCGGGGGGCGGUGAUGUGCCGAAUCCGCUUCGGCAUAUUGUCGUCAACCCUGCGCCCUUCUCGUGAAGAGAGAGGGUUACGCUGGUGCUGCUAUCUGCUGUGCUGUAACAUGUAGGCUCCUUUGUUUCUGGGAGUUCAACGGAAGGUCUCUGUAUUUUUACAUAAAUCGAGUGUGACAGCAAAUUCAAGAGAAAAAAAAUCAUCUGCAAAUGUUA